GCCUUUGGACAUGAAGGGGGCGGGGAGUUUGUGCACUUCUUUCUCAUGUGGGAUAGCUAGAGGCUGCCACUCAGCUCCCUUUGAACCAGCUCUGUCCCCAGAACCAAGACACACUGACUCUUCAGGGAUCUCUAGUGUGGGGAGUCUGGGAGCUGCAAAGGCCAUGGGGUUAGUCUUCCUUAUGGCUCCUUUUACCUUCCUAGUUCUCCCUUCUCAGGACCCUCCUCUUCCUCCAGAGAGAUACCCAGGAGAAAAGGGAACAACCAGUUUAUUCCUGAAAGCCAGGUCCCAGGAUCUGAUGACAUUCGAGGAUGUAGCUGUGGAAUUCACCCAGUGGGAAUGGGGACAGCUGGACCCUGCUCAAAAGGACCUAUACAGGGUAGUGAUGCUGGAGAACUUCAAGAACCUGGCCUCUCUGGGGCUUCCAGUGGCUAAACCAUAUGUCAUCUCCCAGUUGGAGAAAGGGAAAGAACCCUGUGUAUUAGAGGGAGAAAUCUCAACAGACUGGGAGAAAAGGCCUAAAGCUAAGGAAUCCGUACUGAAUCAGGGAAUUUCUAAAGAAGAAUUACUCCAGAUAGCAUCAGUGGAAAAAUACAUCAGAGAUGAAUUCUGCUUCUGCAAACUGAAAGCAACCUGUGGUUGUGAUGACCAAUUAGAAAUACAACCAAAAAUCCAGGCGAGACAUCUGAAAAGAAUGCCAAUCUCUCACAAAUCUACCACCCUUAAGAUAGAUCAUGAACGGAGUGAAUUUGGGAGAAGUUUAGACCUAAGAUCAGUCCUUGUUAACCAAUGCAGUGUUCCUAUAGAAGGAGCCUAUAAAUGUGACACAGAAUUCAGACAGACUUCAGGGAGAAAUAACUCCCAGAGAAGCCAUCCAGGAAAGAAACCUUGUACAUGUAAUGAAUGUGGGAAGUCUUUCCAUUUCCAGUCAGAGCUGAGGCGCCAUCAGAGAUGUCACACUGGAGAAAAGCCCUAUGAAUGCAGUGAAUGUGGAAGAGCCUUUGGUCAUAUUUCAUCCCUUAUUAAACAUCAGAGAACUCAUACUGGAGAAAAGCCCUAUGAAUGCAGUGAAUGUGGGAGAGCUUUCAGCCAGAGUUCAUCUCUUGUUUUACAUUACAGAUUUCAUACUGGGGAGAAACCCUACAAAUGUAAUGAAUGUGGAAGAGCCUUUGGUCAUACUUCAUCUCUUAUUAAACAUCAGAGAACUCACACUGGAGAAAAGCCCUAUGAAUGCAGGGAAUGUGGGAGAACCUUCAGCCAGAGUUCAUCUCUCAUCGUACAUUACAGAUUUCAUACUGGAGAGAAACCUUACAAAUGUAAUAAAUGUGGGCGAGCCUUCAGCCAGAGUUCAUCUCUCACUCAACAUUACAGAUUUCAUACUGGAGAGAAACCUUACAAAUGUAAUGAAUGUGGGAGAGCCUUUGCUCAUACUGCAUCCCUUAUUAAACAUCAGAAAAGUCAUGCUGGAAAAAAAGCCAUAUGAAUUCAGUCAAUGUAGGAAGGCUUUCAGAUGCAGCCCACAGAGUUUUCAUAUGACACACCCUGGAGAAAGAUCCUGUAUGUGUAAUGUAUGUGGGAAGAC